AAGAACAUUCGAGGGGUGGAGACAGAAGCAGAAGAGGGAAUCGGGUGGUAACGGGAGAGCAGAGCGAAGAAGGGCAGAUAAGAAACUUGCGAGAUUAGAACAAGAGCAAAGAAUUUGCUUUUAAAUUACUUUCAUAUGCUCACAGUUUGCCAAAUGGUAAAUAUGGGCGGACAUUUCAGGCGGGAAAAAUUCUCCACCUCCCCUAUUCGUCGCUGUUAUUGUUGUUGUUGCUUGCAACCGGCCGACGCAACGGGCAACAUUUUUCUAAGCCGAACAGCAGCGCACACAAAUGCUGCACAGUCGCAACAUGUUUGAAGCGAAAUAAGACUGAAAACGCCGUCGAGCACGUUAGAGCAACAAAAAACAAGAAAACCAAACAAGAAAUCCAACAAAAAUAACCCAAGACAACAAGCGAAUGCUGCAACAGCGACAUUUUAUAGCAAACAUGCACCCAAAUGACAAAAACAAGAGGCAAAAACCAGCCGAGAGCGGCGACAUCAAAAGGGCCGCUCGCACACGUUGCACUUGCAUGACAUGCCGCAUCAUACAGCAAGCGAGCGAAAUAAACAAAAGAAAUACAUAGCAACAUCAUACCGUACAAAAUUCUACAUAUAAUACCUAUACCCACUUUGUCAUUCUCUAUCAUUCAGCGUCAGACCGUCGAAACGGGCGUGAAAGAGUGCGAUAAAACCGAGAGAGGAAUACAAACGAAAAUGUCCCUUGUGGGCGCCACAAUUUUGUACGAUGCGCCCGAAGUCAUGGAGGAGUUCAUCAGCUGCUAUCAGCAUUUCACCGCCCUGUGGGACAGCAGCAGUCCCGAUUACCUAUCGAAACAGAAAAAGGAGCCCGGCUAUCAGGAGCUAUUGAAGAUACUGCGACGCGUCAACGGCGGCUGUUCCGUUCAGGAUGUUAAGCGCAAGAUAAACUCACUGAGAUGCUGCUAUCGUCGCGAAAUCAAAAAGGUACAGACCUCCGACAAUGGCUAUCAGCCGCGUCUCUGGUGGUUCCAUAUGAUGGACUUCCUCAAGCCGGUGCUCAACAUUCAAUCGCCCGUCCGGGUGAAAUCGGAGAGCUUGGACGACGAGACCAGCAUCCAAGAGGUUGAUAUGAUUGCGGAGACGUUCCAAAACGAAGAGGAUGUGCUGCGUCUCAAUGCCGUGGUCGAUGGCGAUGUGGAACCGGAAACAGAGCCUGAUCACGACCCCGAAGCGGAGAACAUGGGCCCCGAAGUGGAGCACCAUGUGGAGGAUUAUCGGGACAAUUCAUUGGUGGAUAGCGUCAAGAACAGUGGCUAUCUGGCUAGUCCCUCGCACCUGCGACUGAAUGCGGAAUCGUUGGCUUUCGAUAAAUCUGUUGGCCGUAUCCGUAUCCGGCGAAGACGCAGCAGUAAUGACACCGAAUACGGCGAGACGGUGAAAAAGCGUCGAAACGAGGAGACUCCGAAUCGAGAUAGAGACAGGGAAAUAAAGAAGGAGUGGGAUCUGGAUAGAGUGCACGAAAGUGACAGCGAGCACGAGUGCGAGCUCAUCGGAAAGCGGAUGGCCACCCACUUCCGGCAUAUGCGACCGGAUCAGCGACUCUACGCCGAACGGAUCAUCAGCGAGGUGCUCGUCUACGGCCGGAUGAAUCGUCUUUCGUUCGAGGCGAAAUUUAUUCUGGGUGAAAAAUAGUUAACACCAUGCGUAAUAUGCUCAUAUGUACAUAUUUCUUUUCGAUUCGCAUGUGCCAGUCAUUAUUAAUUAUAGGUUCCUACACUUUGAAAGCCUAGAUUUUUUUGUAGCAAUUAUUAAGCAAAAAACAAAAUAAAGUAAGU